AAAGAAGAAGAAGAAGAAGAAUCAUGUCACAACAUGAACUGGUUCUGGACACUGGACAGGGCAACGCAGCUUUCAGCGAGGGGAGACGGAGAAGAAGUCGACUCGGGCUGGUCGUCACCGGGGUUGUUGGAGGGUCGCUGGUCGCUCUUUACGCGGUGGCCGCUCCGUUUGUUGCCCCUGCCCUCAGAAGAGUCUGCCUCCCGUUUGUUCCAGCCACCACGGCUCAGGUGGAGAACGUCCUCAGGGUGCUGCGGACCAGAACGGGAACUCUGGUGGACAUCGGAAGCGGAGAUGGACGGAUAGUGAUAGCAGCUGCAAAGUGUGGAUUUCAGGCUUCUGGUUUGGAGCUGAACCCUUGGUUGGUUUGGUAUUCUCGCUACAAAGCCUGGAGAGAAGGCGUCCACCGCUCCACCUCCUUUCACAUCUCAGAUUUGUGGAAGGCUAGCUUUGCUCAGUAUUCCAAUGUUGUUAUUUUUGGAGUUCCUCAAAUGAUGGAUCAGCUAGAGGUCAAGCUGGCAAAUGAGCUGCCAAGUUCAGCCAAGGUGGUCGCCUGCCGCUUCCCCUUUCCCACAUGGGUCCCGGAAAGCACUGAGGGGGAAGGCAUAGACACCGUGUGGGUGUAUGACGCCAAAAUAUUUCACUCAGAUCUGCACAGAAAAACAGACAAAACGUUGUUAGAACAAAAAAAAUCACAUCCACACUCAUGAGAUCAGUGGUUCCUAAAGCUCCCAGAUUGAAUUUUUUAUUUAUUUUUUUUGUUAUUUGCAAAAAUAUGCUUUAAAUUAGCUGCCCACGGCUUCCCUAUCCUAAAUUGCUCUGAAAAUAAAAAUUGGAUGACAUGAGUAAUUUUGUAUGUAUUUUUGAAAUGAAUUAUUUUGCGUUCAAAACGAGACUCUAAAUCAAACAUAGUGAUGGUAAGUUGAGAAAGCUGUAUUUCUCACAGCAACAGAGUGCUACUCUCAUUAAUGCUUGUAUAAUUAGUUGGUUUUGUGUGUAUUUAAUAAAAACGAAUGUAAUGUUAAAAAAA